AUGGUGACUCUGCUCGGCUCGGUCGGCUACCUGGCGUUGGCCAUCCCAGUCCAGCUCUUCAUCGGUCCGAAUCUCUUCAAAAAAGGCUAUUUCUCCUUCGCCUCCCUGCUUCAAUGCUUAUUUUUCAGUCUAGCAGCCAGUUUACUCGGCAUCUUCUGCCUGAGAAGACCGGAAUCGCGUGGAGGCGCUGGAAGUUCGACGACGCCGGCCACUCAACUCACACGAAUU